CUCCUCACCUUUGCUCACAGCUCACACUGCCCCUUUCAACAUCCAGGAUCUGGCUUUCGUAAACACUACACCCCGCCGCCAUGAAUUUGGCUUCGUUGAUCACCAAGGCCAAGCAGAAGGCACCACCCGCGGAAUCGAGCGACAAGAAAUUCCUCAAACGCAGCGAGCUCGAAGCCCAACGACAGGCUGCAUACCGCGCGGAGCAAGAAGCUGCCGAGAAAGCACGCGAAGAUCGAAUCGCGCGCAAGCGAAAGGCGGAAGAAGACGAUGCAGCCAAGGAAGAAGAACGGCGCGAAAAGCGGAGGAAAUUUGCAGAAGAGUCGCGGCGGAAGAGGGAACAAGAAGCGGAGGAAGAAGAGCGUCGACGGAGAAAACGAUUGGGGCUACCAGACCUACCACCGAAGAAGGAGGAAGGUGAGGAAGGCACUCCAGUUCCGGAAGAUGAGGACAUAGAAGAAGAGGAGCUCUUCGCGAAGCUGAGGGCGCUGGACGAGCCAGCGAUCUUGUUUGGAGAGACGCACAAACAGCGGCUGAAGCGUUACAAGAAGCGGGUCGGGGCAGAUAGCCUCAAGGCGAUCAUGACGAACGGGCCAAUACCCACGACGCUGCAGCUCGUACCGGAGAAGGACAUGCUAGUCAGCCUCACCAUACCAAAGGACAAGGACGGUCGGGAGUUCCUGUUCAGACAACUUGCGAGCUACUUCACCAUGGUGCUGGAAGAAUGGGAGAACACUCUAGCCCGGCGGACUAUCGAAGUAAAGAACAGCUACCCCGGAAAGCAAGCCUACAAUGCGAUGGUACAAGCCCGCGAGAACCUGCGCCCGCUCUUCAAGAAAAUGGAGCAGUACGACCUACCCGACAGUAUCCUCGAGCCCGUGGUAGAAAUCGUGCUCGCGGCGCAAGAGCGGAGAUAUGUCGACGCGAACGACGGGUACCUCAGACUGAGCAUCGGCAAGGCGGCGUGGCCCAUUGGCGUGACCAUGGUGGGUAUCCACGAGCGAAGCGCACGAGAGAAGUUACACGAAAGCGAUAAGAACGCGGCACAUAUCAUGAGCGACGAGAUCACACGAAAGUAUCUGCAAAGUAUCAAGCGCUGUCUGAGCUUUGCGCAGACGAGGUGGCCGCCGACGGACCAAUUGCAGUUGAUGGGUUAGCAAAUUUCAAUGAUUAUGAUUAUUGGCACAGGUGCUCUGUUCACCGGUAUACUUGAUUUUUGAAGAGCGGUCCUAAGGACAAAUGCAUAGUAAACUCUUGUAGGCCACGAUCACUCUUGCGAGCAAAUUGUGGCUUUAGCGUAGCAAUGAUACAGUAACGGCUGUUUUAAUUUGAUGAACAACAUA